AUGGCAAAAAAGGCAUUACAGCAAGUGCUGGAAGACACUAUUGGCAAAUAUGUAAAGGGAUUAGAAGCAGAAAGUCUCAAUGUUGCCAUUUGGAGUGGCAAGAUUGCACUGAACUCUGUGGAACUCAAUGUUGAUGCCGUCAACCUGGAACUAGAUCGGCAGGCGGAAGAGGCCCCUAACCUGGCCCUUCCGUUCAAGGUAGUGUCAGGAGGAUUCGAAUCCUUUCAUGUGGAAGUGCCAUGGUCACAUCUUGCCAGCAGUCCUGUCAUAUUACGGCUGAGUGGCCUAAGUAUCAUUGUAGAACCAUACAACCGAGAUUCACAAGCUCGAAACGAGAGCGUUUCAAUUGCACAUGCUCAAAAAGAACGACAGAGCUCCAUCAAAAGCUCAAACGACUACCGAGAACAAGCAAAUGCUGUCAAGAAACUGGCGGAGGCGGAAUCUGAUUCGUCCAAUCAGUCUAGCGGUAGCUUUGUAUCGCGACUCGUAAGACGAAUCAUUGAGAAUAUUCAAGUUGAAAUCAGCGAUGUCCACAUUUCUCUUGCAGGUAAAGAAGGAUCUGCAGGCGUGGUGCUCGAGUCCCUAUCAUUAGUGACCACAGACAAGGAUGGCAAACGAACCUUUGUCGACCGCACCAUUACUUCGAAUGCAGAGAACCUCUUUCUGCACAAGGCACUGGAGCUCAAAGGAUUCGGGGUUUACGUGGACGAAAGUAUUCCUGGAGAACCACAACCUCACUCAUACAUAAUAUCACCACUUUCCUUUCAAGCCAAUCUACGUCAGGCAGACGGCAAUAUCUGUAUCGAUCACUCAAAGUAUCAUCUUUCUAGCGAAUUGUCGACGGUUUCCAUCGAAGUCUCGCAUAAUCAGCUCGAUGUGGUCGACAAAGUGUCACAAAGCAUAGCCACGAGGGGGAACCGAGCAAACCCGUUGUUCCCAGAAUACAGACCAGCUGCUCGAGUUUCGUCGAAAAAUGCACACGAAUGGUGGAAAUAUGCCAAGCGAUGUAUUGGUCGAAUGAGCGGACGAAGCUCAUGGGCAGAGUUCUUUCGUGCUUUUAAGAAACGAAAGACCUACAUUCAGCUGUACAAACGACAUGCGCACAGCGAAACAUGUUCCUGGAUCGAGCCACUGUCAGUGAGCGAGUAUUCCGUAUUGACCGAUAUGGAGAACGAUCGAACCAUAUCUGUCAAUGGAUUGAUGGUGUGGAGGGACUUGGCUGACGGCCAGGUCGAUCUGGAACGAUCCAAACGGACGAAGAAUGAAAAGGGGAAGAAGAAGGGAUUGUUUGCUGUCUUUUCAAGCGAAAGAAACGAAGACAAUAAUGACGCGCCUUUGCAAUUGACGAUAGAAGAAUUGAAAGAGUUGGAGGACAUGUCGCAGCAGGGGUUUUUGGAUGACGAGCUCUCCAAAGAUUCUAGGCUGUGUGAUGCAAGCUUUAUACUAAAGUCGCUGAACAUCGUACUGACUUCCUAUCAGUCGAGACAAAUUGCUGCAUUACAAAUGGGAGAAGUUGACCUGGGCUUCAAUGCCAGGGCGGACGGUGCGUUUGCAUUCAACUUUGAUAUGUAUAAUUUGAAAAUCCAAGAUCUGGCAACAGCAGUCAGCCUCUUUCCAAAUGUGUUGCGAAGCCUUCCGAAAGACAACCUCGUGACGACAGAAGAAAAGAAGGGUGCAGUUCAUUUGCAAAUUGACAAGUCAAGUACUGGAGACCAGAGCCUUAAAUUGAACAUUGCGGCGUUUGAAGCAGUCGCGUCGCCAACAUUCUUCAAAGAGCUUAUCAAGUUCGCUACACUCACGCCUGCAGCUACUACAGAACAAGUAAAAUCGGCAUCGUUGCAGUCGGCAUCAGGUUCGGUGGACGAUAUUUCCAACGCCCUUGUUGAUGCAUGGAAAGCUAAGACCGAAACAAAGAUAUCCUGGGCGAUGGAUGUUGAUAUUGACGCUCCCAUCAUCAUGGUCCCAGAGGCUUGCAAUAAUACAAAAGCCAGGAUUCUGGUUCUUGACCUUGGUCACUUCCACCUUACCUUCGGACAGUUUUCUCCGAACAAACAAGUAGAGCAGUGGUUUCAAGACAACAAAGCUGAUCACAAAGUUGACGUUUCAUAUGAACAUGGUUUCCUGGGCACCAGUGAUUUUUGCUUCAAAGUUGGUACUGCCAGCGAUUGGUUAGAAAGAAGCAAUUUCAAAGGUUUCAACUCGGGUUCGAACAUCAUUGAGCCGAUAUCGGUGAAGCUUGACUUUGGAAUAGAACAAAGCCAUAAUGCUAUUGACCCGCCUCGGAUCUGCUGCAUUGGUGUGGUUCCUUUCAUCAGUUUUCGCUUCUCUCCGAUGCAAGGAAAGAAACUAUUUCCUGUUGUCAAAGCGUGGUUAGAUUUUGCGAAUGAAAUGAACUCUAAGUCGGAAGCUGCUCUACCCAUUGAGGCUGGUUCUUCAGUCCCAGUGGCGGCGGAUGGUGGGUUCCAAACACAAUCAAUAGCAAAAGUAGAACCAGAACAGGGCGAUACAGUACAAGUUCCGUCAUUAGAAGACCAGUCAAAAACAGACGAAGAGUACCUUGCUACGUUUUUCUUCAAAGUUGGGCUCCAGCGCUUAUCCACAACUUUGUCAUUGGACGAGAACAACAGGUUGGAAGCUCAUCUGGUCUCAGUAUACGCUUCAACAGUGGUGCGAUCAAACGGAAGCUCUUCAACUAGUCUUCAAAUGGGUUGGUUUUGGGUUCUUGAUUUGCUGGAAAGUGACAUCAGACGGAAGCAAAGACUGCUUGCACAUUCGAAGCUGACGAAGGAUCCAAGUUCGUUUGCAGAGGGAGACAAGUAUGACAUGCUGGGACAUCUGGUGGAGCAGGGCGUAUUUGAAGAGGACUACGCCGGAUCGACAGAUUUGGCAGAUAUCUCGUAUGAUCAAUUGGUUUCAGAAUAUGGGAAAUCAAGAAUGGAGACCAGGGUUGACCAGCUGCUGGAUAUGAAAUUUUGUAGUUUGUUCAUUCACUGGAACCCGAAGGGUCUGGAAGGGGUCUUGUCCAUGAUUGAUAGCUUUCGCAGCAUAGUGGAUGGCGAUGAAACUAUCGAUCGCGAAACUGUUGUCGAGGUAGUGUCUCAGAACAUCAGUAGUCCAUCCGCCGAUGCGAAAGAAGAAGGUGACAGUACAGUUGAAGGGAAGCUACUCAUCAAGCUCAAGGCGGAGAGUUUUGAUAUUUGUCUUCGAUCUCCUCGUGACGACCUUCCACUCUUUGUUUUGGCGGUUCUCGAUGGGAAUAUCAAUGUUAUUUCCGGUCAAAAUGAGUUGAGUUGUCAUGUGACACUGAAGAGCAUUACGGUUGAAGAUGUUCGACCAGAGUCAUCGCACAGACAAUACCGUCGUAUAAUCGGCCAAGGGACCGGAACCAGCGCAACAAGUGGCAGUGAUAGUCACUUGUUUGUCAUUGAUUACGUAGCUGAACUCGACUCUACUCGUGCAGAACUUGUAAUUGGGUCCCCUCAAAUUAUUCUGAUUCCUGAUGCAGUGUCAGAGCUUGUGACUUUCUUUCGAGUAGAAGAUCAAAAGAAGCAGGGCCCAAGUCCAUCCUCGGCAGAGCUAGAAGACGAACACGAUAGGAAAGAAAGCGUGGACAGCAUGAAGGAGUCGCUUUGCGUCAACGAAGCAGGGAAUAUUGAAGUGUUAGACGGGAUAAAAUAUGAGCCAAGUCCAUCCUUGACAAAGCUGGAUGACGAAAAUGGCAAAAAGGAUAACGUGGAUGGUACAGAGUCGAUUUGCGUCAAUGAAGCAGGGAAUAUUGAAGUGGUAGACGGGACUGUGUCGUAUCGGACCCGCAGACAGACUUACGCUGUGAAAACUCAAGUGUGUAGUAUUGUUUUGGUCGAUCUGGGUAGUGAAUUAUCCAGUGCGAGAGAAACGGAGGCUAGGCAACCCAGCAAGCUGGCAGAAACUGUUGUUCUGCAGGGUAUUUUUGAUGUGACGGUGACAAUGGACGCCGACCCGGAGAACAGCGAGAUGAUCAAUGCUGGAGUGCAAGGGCAAGCCGAAGCGAUGCAGAUCUUUAGUGCUUUGGGCAAAGAAAUGCUUAGUCCCAUGCAGAUUCUCGCGCCUACACAAAGCUCGCUGCAUGUUUCAAUGCACAAGAAUGCUGAUGAAAGUACAGAAAUAGAGCUCCGAGUUGCAGCGACAACCGACUUGGAAGUUUUCCUUUCAAUGCACAAUGCUGCCAUGUUGAGCUCGAUCAUCGAAAGUCUAAGCUCUUCCUUUGAAGCCAAGGAGACGAGAAAUGGUAAAUCGCAAAUUCAAGAGCUGAGCGCCAUCGAGACAGAGAGGAUCGAGCAGCUGUCUUCUGUGCUUGAUCAAAAAGACAACAAGAAACCGACCCAGCAUCAGAGCAACUCUAGUGUGAGCACCGAUGAAGCGCCAUUCCAGCUUCAGCCGGACGUAGAAGUAAAGAUUGCUCAAAAGAUCCAAACGAAGAUUACGAUGCCCCAGUUUAGAGUCACUGUUGUCAACGACUUGCUAGGCUUGGACGAAGCUUUGUUCCGUGUCUCAGUGGCAAAAUUUGUUGCCGUUGGCGAGGUUGCUUUUCCGAUCGGACCAAAUCCGAUGCAGAAUAUGUCUGUUGAUUUCCGUAUGAGCACAUCGAUUCUUGCCGACUAUUUUGAUUCGUCCAUUAACCUGUGGAGCAGCCUUCUUAUCGAGCCGUGGGAGGUGAGUCUAAAGGCAUCGAGAGCAUCAACCCGUCGCUUCAAGUCUCCCAGGUUAAGUUCCACAAUCGAUCUUGAGAGCUUUCCUUGCCACCUUUCAUUGUCACCGGAGUUCCUUGUGAGUCUUGCUAGUGCACAACGAAUGUGGUCUGUCUAUUCUGUCGCAACAUCAAAAUCGCCAAUCGCCGGCGGCCCGAAAGAUGACACGAACGAUGAAAACGCGAAGGCGAGUAUGGUGGCAAGCGCAGCACGAAACUUGCUGACAUCUCUUCCAUACGCAAUUGAGAACCAUUGUGGAUGUGAUGUGAUCUUCUCGUUGCCGCACGGAAGGAUCAAACAACGGGAGUGUCCAACUGGAUCAAUAAAGUACUUCCGGUUCCAGCCUCCACAAGGAAGAGGGCAUGGUGGCAGAAGGGUGUACGGUCAAGAUGUCGAGUUUGAGAAGUCGGUGACGUUGUCGAUUGGUGAUUGUGAAAUAGUGAUUCCUCAUCUUGACGGCAUGCUGGGAUCUCGUAAAGAGGUACACAACCUGUCGGAUGGUAGAGUGUUGGUUACAUAUGUUAUCAGGGAAGACAAGACAACGGUACUGCAUUUGACAAGUAAUGUGAGCGUUUUCAACCACUCGUCCAUCCCUUUUGCCAUUUCGGUUGGGAUGAUAGACCCUCAGAGCAUUGGAACCUGCGUCGCGCAUAAUGAACAGAAGACGAUUACUGCUUUGACGGCUAUUGAUGGGGUUGCAUCAGAGCAAUCAAAUCGAUGCAGUGUCCCAAUGGAUUUCCUUACCACCUUUUCGAAAGAAUGGGCUGAUACUAGCCAAUCUUCGUUGUUUCUUCGUCUUUCUCCCAAUCUGAAAUCGGACACUUCGGUAGUAUUAAGUGGACUUCUUGAUAUUGCUUCCCAGUUUGGUGAGCUAUCACACUCCGGAAAGGUUUGGAGAGUAGAUGUGUUUUGCCAAGUGACUAAUGGCGGUUCAGGCAACAUUGAUCCAUUUGUUGUGCAAGUAUUGGUCAAAGGGACUCUGAUUGAUGAUAAAAGCAUUAACAUCGACGUCUUUCUGGAACCUCGAGCCGUGAUUGAGAACUUGUUUCCAAUCGACAUCAGUCUUCGCACUAAGAUGCCUUAUACAUUCAGCACAGCUGCACAAGAGUCGGGUGCUGGUGAACACGAUUUGAAGCCUAUGAACCGUGUCGAAGUUUUCACCAAGGGGGACUCUAUAGCAAUUGCAAUGAAGCCGACAGACACUGCGAGUGCUGGUUCCACCCUGGAGUGGAUAGAUUUGGAUCUACCACUAAAAUCUGAUUUCCGCUUGUCUGAAGCAGUGGCGUGUCAUUUUCCGUUCGCUGGAUCCAAGAAACGGAACAGUGAGUUCUUCAUUGCAGAAGGAUAUGAAGGCCUGGAUCAACUCUCAGAGGUUAUGGCCGAUGAAGUACCGAAGGAGUCAGGUUCGAAAUCGAGCGUGCGAAAGGUUUCACUAGAGGACCCAUUGAGAUCAUUCCACGUAACGGUUUGCUGUUAUGGUGUUGACCAUACGGGCGAAAUCCUCUUUGAGUCUGUAGAAAGCAUGAAUGAUCGGAAGCAGUAUCAUCCUUUUGGUGCAUUUUCGUCAGGGAAGGAUUCCAUUCGAUUGACUAUGCUCCCAAGAUCAAAUGUGAUGCUGCGUCUGCUGCAGUUGACGAUGGAGAAACAAGCUGGUUACAAGGCGACGCUGCCUUUUACGAUGAACGAUUUGGUGAUUGGUGAAGGAGGAGUCAAUGCAUUGCCAAUCCUUUGGGAGAAUAAGAAAAGCAGCGGGUACUGUGCCUAUCGACGACUUGUCAAUGAGCACCAAUCUGAAAUUCACAUCGUCCCCGAGUUUGUCGUCUUUAACGGAAGCGGGGAAGCUGUAAUCAUUUCGGAACAAGGAAUGGAAGACAUAAGAAUUGAAGCUGGUAGCUUUGCUCCGUUGAAAUGUGUAUCCAGAGCGGGAGGCCUGGAACUUGCGCUGAGCUACGCCACAGAAGAAUGCAAAACGAAGAAAGUCCGCGUUGACCAACUGGGGAUGAAGAUGGAACUGGUUCAUUCGACAGCCGGGACACCCGUCGGCAGCGUAUGUGUCCAAACUGCAUUGGACUCAUCUGGAAAUGCCCGUCUAGUUGUGAAGAUCGGAGACAUCACAGCUGGUGCAAAGGGUGCAAAGGCUGCUAAUUCAUCUUUCAUCCUUCCGGCAUUUCUUGCGGAUGACUUCGUUCGAUUUCGUGUUCGCUGGGCUAAGUUGCAAAUAAUCCUCAAUGAGAGUCGAGAAAAACGAAUUGGAGAAGGGUUGUCCGCCCAGGACCUUUCGUCACCAAAUCACACUGGCAAGAAAGGGCCGAAGCCUGUGCAGUCUGACUCAGUUAUGUCAGUCAACUUUUCUCAGUUCAGCGUAGAUGUCCAGCGUGUGUUCAAGCAGCAACAAGGUGGAGAUAUAAAAAGCAAAACAUCGGCGUUGCCUUCGCCAGAAAGGUGCCAAAUAUCAAUGAUCAUACACCAGCUUCAAGUGAAGGACCUGACACCAAAUUCGCCCUUCCCUAUUGUAUUUGAUAGUUCAUCAGAUGCGAACUUUAUUGAUGUGUGUGCUCGGACCCGAGGUCCAAUGGAUGCAGAUAUUGUGAAUGUUGACCUUUUCGAUUUGUCAUUGGCUCAUUCGAAAGGCAAGUCAGAAGUGAUACAACUGACUACCUCGGAAGAGUAUGUCUGGAGAAUCGUAGACAUGAUAACUCGAAUUACCGAAGCAAGUAGCGAGGUGGGGAACUACAGUUUGGUGCUGACAGAGGAUAGAGAUCACGGAGGGUUUGUCGUCGAGAUCAAAGACGGUGUCGACGAAAUCGACGAACGCGUGAUGUACACACCCCCUCGUGUCGACCAGCUAUAUGAAUUGGAUCUGGCCCGAGUUUCUCCAUUUACGCUACUUGUCAGUUUCCGCCGAACACCAGACGAGUCUCGAUACGAGAUGGCACGAAAUGUGAGAGGUGCAGCACUCACGAACUACUUUACUCGAAAGUUGAAGUUUUCGAUAGACAAGGCUAAGCUGAAGUUCGGAAAAUAUGAGAAUAGGAGUAUCAAAGGUCCGCCUGAUCGAUUAUUGGAGUCUCUUGGAGCGGUCUAUGUGGGUCGUAUGAAGUUCAAGGUUCUAGCACUGCUAUCAUCAGCAAGUCUACAAGACUGGCAGUUCUUGGCAGCAAGAGAUGGCGACGAUGCAUAUGUGGAAGGUGAUGAAUUGCGGGCAACUGGAAAUAUUGCAGGAAUGGCCGCAGGGGCAUUGCUUGGGACUGUCGGACGAGGACUUGGAGAUGGUGUCUCGAAUGUUACUCGUACCUUGGGCAACGGAAUUGAGGGUGCCACUGGACUAGUUGGUGCCAGAAAACUUGGAGCCGGGGUCAAUACUGUGAUUAGUGGGGUUGGUGGCGGCGUUGGGAACACGUUGACUGGAGUCGGUGGCGGAGCUGGAAAAGUUCUGCACGGAGCUGGUCAAGGUGUUGGUCAAGUCGUUGGCGGUGUGUUGGGCGGUGCCUUCCAAAUGGGCAAAGGUAUUGGCGAAGGGAUUGUCAAAGGCGACGGCAAAACUUUGGUAGAUGGCAUUGGAAAAGGUGCUGGCCAAAUCGGUGGUGGAGUAGUCAAAGGUACCGGAUCAAUCUUGAAGGGUGCCACAGACGGUGUUCUCACAGUAGGAAAGGGGCUUUUCCAAUUUGGCAAAAAGAAACCUGACAAGAACUGA